AUGGUCGACGACGCUGGCGACUCCGAGGCCCGCGGGGACAGGCUGCUGGGGUUCCCGCUUCCCUCGCCACGGGUUCGCAUCCGGCCGUGGUGGUUUCCUGCGCAGGAUUUGAGGAAUCCGCUGGUGUUCUUCCUGGAGGCGUGGCUGGCCGACUCGAUCUUUGGCCCAGACCGAGCCUUGGUUCCAGAAAUGGAGUGGAUGAGCCAGGCCCUGCUGAUGGUGGACGCUGUUGACGCUAGAAACCUGGUCGAAGUCACCGUUUUCGCGCGGCCGGCAGUCCAGCGUCAGGUGAAGAGCGUGCUUCUGAGCCAGGCGUCAGUGCACCGGGAGCAUCGCGCCCGAGCUGAGAAGAUGGAACAACUCGAGGAAUUCCUGAAGGCCCAGGCACCGGGUCCCCACGUGCCCCAGCAUCCUGUUGCAUGA